AUGUGGAUGUACCUGGCAAUUUCUUUGCCGAUCCCAGAGGUGGAGCCGGUGACAACGAAAGUGAGGUCAUUAAUGGGGGGAAGAAGCAUCGGGUUGGGCAAAUUGCUGGCGAUAAUCCUCUGGAACAGCAUCUCGUACGCCAGAUUUAACCACCCCAUCAGCCAUUCAAUCCACCCCAGUCCUUCCUUCUUUUCCGGUGGUUUUCCAUUGUUUUUCUCCUUUCCCUUCUUCGGCGAAGCCAUCUUUGUUAGAGUAGGGUACCCGGCGUUCCAAUCUAAUUGGACUACGCGGGCCGAUCGAAGGUUCUGGCGAGUAGAGCGGGGAAGACGGUACUUGAGUUGGAUCCGUGCUCUAUCGUUAUCGUCCGCCGUCGAGGUGAGAAAUCGGGAGUCGUCAGCGACUUCAGGCGGCGUGCACCGAAUAUGGUACGGCCCUUCGUCGGUGACGGAGGGUGAGUGA